AUGUCACGCUGCAGGGAGAAAAUGGGGAGUAAUCUUCUUCCUGCGUUUAACUUGGAGCUUGUUCGGCAGCACACGGAUGUGGUCAGGGAUGUCGAGAGGGAAGAGGUGCGGAAUGCCGCCGCAUGUCACCCCAUCAGCGCCAUCAACAACAUGGUUUUCAUCGGCACCUGGCGCGAUGCCGCAGAUGAGCAGUUGCUGCGGCGCUACCACAUCACCCAUGUAUUAAAUGUGGCGCGUGAGCUUAUCCCGGAGGAGGAGCUUCAGCGGAUGAAUUCCAUACACUUUGUCAAGAGCAAGUGCAUCCCACUAAAUGACAGCCAGAAUGAGGAUUUGGAGCACUAUUUUGAUGAGGCGUUUGAGUUUAUUCGAAAUGCCGUCCAUCAUGGCAGGGUUUUAGUGCACUGUCGCCGUGGCAUCUCCCGCAGUGCCGCGAUAGUGAUUGCGUACAUCAUGGCCUCUGAGGGGCAGUCUUUUCGUACGGCACUUGAAAGUGUGCGCAUAAAAAGACCCUGCAUUUCACUUAAUUUGGCAUUUAUUCAACGACUGGAAGAGUUUGAAGCUCACCUUCACCUCAUGCGGUCUGCCGAUAGCAUGAAAUACGACGGAAAAGAUAUACUACUUAAUGAGCGCGUGGAUGGGCUGCAUGCCAACGAAAGCGUUAGUUCUGGGCCUAAGAGUGUGCCGUUAGACUUGCGAUGCGGGUUUGAGGGGCGCGUAGUGUGA